CUAGUAUGCUCGAAUUAGGUAAGUAUAUGAUAAAUGGUAAAUUUGGUUGUAAAAAAGACGUUACAUCUGGUAAAACUUUGAUCCGACGAUCAAAGGAAUUAGGCAACAGAUCAGCUAAAUUUAACCAGAAAGUAGAUGACACGAAAGCAAGGAAAUAUCGAAGUGCUUCAAAUGCAUCUACAAGUCCUUUGAAAAGAAACGGUUAUCAAAAGAAAAGCAGAACAUCAUCAAAUGCUAGCUCAGCUUCUUCCAUAAGACCUAUGAUAGUUUCUAAAUCAUUUUCUAGCAAAAAAACUAACACAAUAACAAUGGAUCAAUUCAGACAUAUGGAUGGUAAUUUUGUUGGUGCCGCGCAAAGUGAUGGUAAAAAUUGA